AUGGCGCAAUUUAGUCUCGACCUUCGUUUCCGGGUAGCUUUUCUUGCUGUACUUCUUCCUCUGGCUUCAGGAGCUUGUGUUGAUUUAGAUCUUGGAAUGGGAAGGGGAACAAUUCCAAACAGUAAUAUAACUGCUUCUUCUGUACAAAAUGCCACCACACCAGCCAAGAAUAGUCGACUGAACUACAAAUCAGGAUCAUCAUGGUGUGCAAGAACAACUGACACCAACCCAUAUCUGCAGAUUGAUCUACAGACACUUCAUAUCAUCUGUGCCGUGUCUACUCAAGGAAAUUCUCAAGCAGAUCAGUGGGUGAAGAACUACACACUACAAUUUUCCGCAAAUGGGACAACUUGGACAGACUACAAGGAAGGUGGACAAGUUAAGUUUCUGAGAGGAAAUGAUGACAGGAACUCAGAAGUGAAGCAUGUUGUUUAUAAAGUGUUAACAAGAUAUCUGCGAUUCUUGCCAAAAACACACCAGGGUGGGGUGUGUAUGAGAACAGAGGUGUUUGGAGUGGAACAAAAGCUUAGAUGUUCUAUGCAGGCCAUUGGUGUAGCCAAGAGUGACACUAUUCCAGACAGCAGCUUCUCAGCCUCGUCAGAAUUUCAUUCAGUAAAUUAUGCAGCUAAAUAUGGUCGCCUAAAUAAUACAAAGUCAUGGGCACCUGACGGGAACAAUAAUGGUAAUGAUUACCUUCAAAUUGACCUGCUGUUUGAGUACGUCAUCUGUGCUGUAGCUACACAGGGAAAUCCAAGGACUGGGGAGUGGACAACAACGUACAAGUUUCAAUUAUCCCUCAAUAGUUCAAAGUUUGUCACCUAUCAUGAAAACAAUGCUGACAAGGUCUUCCCUGGAAACUCCAAUCAAAAUGGCAUUGUAAAAAACAGUCUUCAGGAAGUUGCCAUUGCAAAGUUUAUCCGCUUUCAGCCAACAACAUAUCAUUCCUUUAAAGGUCUGAGAGUGGAAGUUUAUGGAAUAAUUCUAACUAAAGUUCCAUCACAACCUCCUACUGAUUUCAAGUUGACUGCAAGCUCUUCUACCAGCAUUAUGGCUUCCUGGCAGUCACCACCAGUCCUUGCCAGACAUGGAAGGACCAUAACUGGUUUUAUACUGUUCUACAAAAAGAAAAUUUCUGCUGUGCCAGCAACAAAGCUGAAUAUAAUGGAUGGAUCAACAUUAAGUAGGAAUGUCACUGGGCUUGAUGAAUACACAGAAUAUGAAUUUCAAGUCUUGGCUUAUACUUCUGAUGGUAAUGGACCAAAGAGCCCAGUUGAGGUGGAGAGAACAAAGGAAGCUGGAGCUUGUGUUGAUUUAGAUCUUGGAAUGGGAAGGGGAACAAUUCCAAACAGUGAUAUAACUGCUUCUUCUGUACAAAAUGCCACCACACCAGCCAAGAAUGGUCGACUGAACUACACAUCAGGAUCAUCAUGGUACACUUCAUAUCAUCUGUGCUGUGUCUACUCANGAUCAGAAACCUUGCCCAUCAACAAUGGAACGGCAUUUAGUAAAGAUGUCAUUGGGCUUGACAACAACACAGAAUAUGAAUUUGAAGUGUUGGCCUUUACUUCUGUUGGUGAUGGACCAAAGAGUCCUGUUGUGGUGGUGAGAACCAGGAAAUAUGGAGGUUGUGAUGAGUUUAAUCUUGGUAUGGAAGAUGGAACAAUUCCAAACAAUACAGUAACUGCUUCUUCUGAACAAAGCGCCAGCACAUCAGCCAAAAAUGGCCGCCUGAACUACACAUCUGGAUCAUCAUGGUGUGCAAGAACAAGUGACAGUAAGCCCCAUCUACAAAUUGAUCUACAGACACUUCAUAUCAUCUGUGCUGUGUCUACUCAGGGGAAUUCUCGAGUAGAUCAGUGGGUGACGACCUACAGACUACAAUUAUCUACAGAUGGGACAACUUGGAGAGACUACAAGGAAGGAGGACAAGUUAAGGCUCUGAGAGGAAAUAAUGAGAGGUACUCUGAGGUGAAGCAUGUUGUUUAUGGAGUGUUAACAAGAUAUCUAAGAUUCCUGCCACAAACUCACCAGGGUGGGGUUUGUAUGAGAACAGAGGUGUUUGGAGUGAAACAAAAGCCAAUAUGUAACAUGGAGGCCAUUGGUCUGGCCAGUGGUGGUGCAAUCCCAGACAGCAGUUUUACAGCCACAUCAUUUUAUGAUGUUAGAUAUAAAUCUUAUUACGGUCGUCUGGAUGCAGAUGAACUGGGUUGGGCACCAAAGACUAAGACUAAUCCUGCUGACUUCUUACAGAUUGACCUGCUGUAUGAGUAUUUUAUCUGUGCUGUGGCCACUCAAGGAAGCUCGGGUUCCCUGGAAUGGACAACUGAAUACAAGAUUCAUUUGUCUUUGGAUGGUACAACUUUUUUUGCAUAUAAGGAAACCAGUACUGACAAGCUUUUUCCUGGAAACUCAAAUAAAAAUGGUGUUGUGAAAAACAGUCUACAGGAAUUUGCAAGAGCAAAGAUAAUCCGGUUUCAACCAAUAAAGUAUCAUAAUUGGCCAGUUCUGAGAGUGGAAGUCUAUGGGAUACUUCUUACUACUACAGUUCCAUCACAACCUCCCACUGACUUCAAGUUGAAUGCAAGUUCUUCUACCAGUAUUACAGCUUCCUGGAAGUUACCGCCAUUAUUUGCAAGACAUGGAAGAAACAUUACAGGGUUUAAAUUGUUCCACAAAAAGAAAGGUUCAACAGGAUCUGCUUCCUCCUUCACUAUAAACAGUGGAUCGAUAUUAAGUAGACUUGUCACUGAGCUUGACGAGUACACUGAAUAUGAAUUACAAGUUUUGGCUUUUACGUCUUACAGUGUUGGAGCAAAAAGCCCUGUUGAGGUGGAGAGAACAAAGGAAGAUGCUCCAUCACAACCCCCAAGCAGCUUGACUGUGACUGCUGUCACUUCUUCAGCUAUUACAGCUUCCUGGCAAUUACCACCAUUAGCUUCAAGAAAUGGAAUUAUUAAAGGGUUUAAAUUGUUUUUUAAAGAGAAAGGGUCAGCAGGGUUAACAACCACCUUGCUUAUUAACAGUGGAUUAACAUUGAGCAGAAAUGUCACUGGGCUUAAAAAAUACACAGAGUAUGAAUUUCAGGUCUUGGCAUUUACAUCAGUUGGCAAUGGACCAAAGAGCCACAGUGAGGUGGAGCGAACAAAGGAAGAUGUUCCAUCACAAUCCCCUGGUAGCUUCACUGUAACUGCAGUUACUUCGACAACUGUCACAGCAACCUGGCAGUUACCACCAGAAGAUUCCAGAAAUGGAGUGAUUAAAGGAUUUAAAUUGUUCUACAAAAAGAAUGGCUUUGGAGGAUCAGCAACCAACUUGACUUUUAACAAUGGAACAGCAUUGGGUAAAGAUGUCCCCGGACUUGAUAACAACACAGAAUAUGAAUUUCAAGUGUUAGCCUUCACUUCAGUUGGUGAUGGACCAAAAAGUUCUGUUGAAGUGGUGAGAACUAUGAAAGAUGGAGGCUGUGUUGAGUUCUACCUUGGAAUGGAAAAUGGAGGAGUUCCAGAUGAUAAAAUAAGUGCUUCUUCUGAACUGAAUGCCAGCACACCAGCCAAGAAUGGUCGACAGAACUACUUAUCAGGAUCAUCAUGGUGUGCAGGAACGAGUGACACUAACCCAUAUCUACAGAUUGAUCUACAGACAUUUCACAUCAUCUGUGCUGUGUCAACUCAAGGAAAUUCUCAAGGAGAUCAGUGGGUGAAAAACUAUGCACUACAAUUAUCCACAGAUGGGACAACUUGGAGAAACUACACAGAAGGUGGACAAGUUAAGGUAUUUGAAGGAAAUGAUGAUAGAAGCUCAAAUGUUAAGCAUAUUGUUUAUGGAGUGUUAACAAAAUAUCUGCGAUUUAUUCCACAAACACACCAGGGUGGGGUGUGUAUGAGAACAGAGAUAUUUGGAGUGAAACAAGAGUCAAUUUGUAACAUGGAGGCCAUUGGUCUUGCCAGUGGCGGUACAAUUCCAAGCAGCAGCUUCACAGCCACAUCGUUUUUUAAUCAUUUAUAUAAGCCUUUUUUUGGUCGCCUGAAUGCAGAUAAACGGGGUUGGGCACCAAAGACUACGACUAAUCCUGCUGACUUCUUACAAAUUGACCUGCUGUAUGAGCAUUUUAUCUGUGCUAUAGCUACUCAAGGAAGUUACGGUUCCAAAGAAUGGACAACUGAAUACAAGAUUCAUUUGUCUUUGGAUGGUACAACUUUUUCUGCUUAUGACAAGGUCUUUCCCGGAAACUCAAAUAAAAAUGGUAUUGUGAAAAACAGUCUACAGGAAUUUGCAAGUGCAAAGUUUAUCCGCUUUCAGCCAACAGAUUAUCGUGUUUGGAAAGUUCUGAGAGUGGAAGUGUAUGGAAUACUUGUGGCCAAAGUUCCAUCAAAACCCCCUACCAGCUUCACGUUGACUGCAAGUUCUUCUACCAGCAUUACAGCCUCCUGGCAGUUACCACAAGCAAUUGGAAGACAUGGAAGAAUCGAAGGGUUUAAACUAUUCCACACAAAGAAAGGGACUGGCAGUGCAGCAAAAACCUCUAUUAUAAAAAAUGGAACAGAAUUUAGUAGAGAAGUGUCUGGGCUUGAAAGGUACACUAAGUAUGAAUUUCAAGUGUUAGCCUUCACUUCUUUUGGUGAUGGACCAAACAGUACAGUCAAGGCAGAAAGAACAAUGGAAGAUGCUCCCAGUAAACCUACGUCUUUGUCUUUUGUUGAUGUGCCACCCGGCAAUCUGCAUGGUCCCAGAAUAACCUUGUCCUGGAGCAAGCCUGCAGAAACAAAUGGGGUGAUCAGAAGUUACACUUUGUUUUACAGCCACGAUGGAGGUGCACCAAAAGAGAAUUUCGGAUUAGAAAAAGAUGCAUUGAAUCACACAGUUGAUGUGUUGGGUGGAGUGACUUAUCUGUUUCAUGUCAGAGCUGUGACUAUCAAACCGGGACCAAAUGGGACGAUAAAUGUAACCACCAAGGAAUACGCACCCAGUGUUGGCCCAGAACCUGCUUCACCCUCUCAAGUGAACAAGACGACUUUUAACAUUUCAUGGGAACCUUUACCAAGAGAAAAGAGUCAUGGAAAAGUUACUUUGUAUGAAGUCAAGGCCAUCUUCUUAAAGAAGAAAAAUUCGCGCAAAAGAUCUGUCAUCAACAGCCUCUCUGCCAAUACCUCAGUGACAUUUGUUGUCCUAUCUGAUUUCGAACUUUGUUCUAAAUAUAAUGUUUUUGUUCGAGCUUACACUGCGGCAGGGUCUGGACCCUAUGGCGAACCUUUGCAAAUGAAAACGUCAAGACCUGAACCACCAGGAGACUUAAGAGCAACCCACUCUGGAACAACCCAGGUUACACUGAAGUGGAAACAAUAUGACGAAAAGGGAAAAAUUGAGUAUACUGUAAGUCAGAUUAAAAUUACCGCAUUUGUUCUCUUUGGAAGAAAUUUCGUUCAAGUCUAA